AUGUAUUCAUCUCUUCCAGCGAUCACCUCCAUACAUACGAAAAAGUUCAUGGCUUCUAUUCCCUCUCUCCUCUCUCUCUCUCCUCUCUCUCUCUCCUCUCUCUUUCUCCUCUCUCUCUCUCUCUCCUCUCUCUUUCUCUCUCCCUCCCUCUCUCUCUCUUUCUCUCUCUCUCUCUCUCUCUCUCUCUCUCUCCUUGAUUUUUUUUUUCGUUUGUAUUUCCACUCCAUGCCCCACUCGGCGUGUUAUUGCAUAAUCCAACAGGUGGUUCAGAUCCCCGUUAGGUCAGUUCUUCACAAUUGUCUUCGCCAAGAUUUUUGCCAUGAUGUGGACCUUUCGUUAAGUUGGCCGGAAGGCUUAAUUCUUUCCCUACUUCCUCCAUCGUCCGGCCAUUGCAUAUCGUCUUCCGUUUUUCGCAAUCAACACGCGCCAACUCCCUUUUCGACACGUGUGUUCCUUUUUUCCCGGUUCCCGUUUCCAACAUCUCAUGACUCAUUCCGAAAUUUUUAUCGUUGUCGAUAUUUUAUCCAGGUUCCGGGCGCUGAUUGA